CCUAUGUCACUCCAUUUGGUUCCUUCCCCAGGCUUCUUUGUUUCUGUUUCAUGUCUGCGUUCUUGGUUUUUAUUAAAUCACCCACUCACUCCCUGAAUUGUUUCCCGACUCUCAGCGCACAUCGUUACGAGUAAGUCCGCCUGCUAUCCACUGCUUGUCCACUAAGUCAUGUCAGCCCCAGGUUACCCAUCCCCUCACCAGGGUCCUGGAAGUUACUCCACGACCCCCUACCCUGUUCCUCAUGGUGGGUAUGGUGACCCUAACCAUGCUCCCCCACUGGUUGGCUUCCAUAUGGGCUACAACCACAAACAACCCCACCCAGGCCAGCCUGUGAUGUACCAGCCUGUGCCCAUGCCUGAAUAUGGGGUACCUCAAAUGGGCCCAGGCUAUGGUGGUCCCAUGCCUGGGCCUGAAUACGGUGCACCUAACCCGGGCCCUCCUGCAGCCAUCUCCCCAGCCCCUGCAGCAGUUGUGCCUGUUGGAGUUCCACCUGGUCUGGAGUACCUAACACAGAUUGACCAGAUCCUUAUACACCAAAAAGUGGAGUUGCUGGAAGUGUUCACUGGCUUUGAGACCAACAACCAGUACGAGAUCAAGAACAGCCUGGGUCAGAAGAUCUACAAGGCCAAGGAGAAAAACGACUGCUGCACACGCAACUGCUGCGGCGCCCUGCGUAGCUUCGACAUGAAGAUCAAGGACAACACGGACCGCGAGGUCAUCCGCUUCAUACGACCCUUCCGCUGUGCCUCCUGCUGGUUUCCCUGCUGCCUGCAAGAGCUCGAGGUCCAAGCCCCGCCUGGCACCACCAUAGGCUAUGUGUCCCAGGACUGGAACCCCUGCGUGCCCAAAUUCUCCAUCAAGGGGGCCAGCAAGGAGACCGUAAUGAAGCUGGAAGGACCCUGCUUUGCCUGCAACUGCUGCGGGGAUGUCAAUUUUGAGCUGACGGGGAAAGAUGGAGGCAAGCCCAUCGGCCGCAUCAGUAAGCAUUGGGGUGGCCUGAUAAAGGAGGUCUUCACCUACACGGACAACUUUGGCAUCCAGUUCCCCAUGGAUCUGGACGUCAAGAUGAAGGCUGUGCUCAUGGGUGCCUGCUUCCUCAUCGAUUUCAUGUUCUUCGAGAAGGACUGAGCACUUUCAACUCAAAUUGAUUUCUUGGUUAUCUAUGUGCAUUUGGGGUUCAGAACAGUAUGGAAACUUUACAUGUUCUUAAAUACUUUAUUUCAAUAUUUUCUUUUUAGUCACUGCCAUGGCAAGCAUUUUAUCAUACCAUACAGCUUCAGUUGAAGUAUUACAUUCUAGAUUCUUUAUUUUGGUAUUUUCUGUGUUUGUGUGUAAUGAUAUUUUGCAUCAACAUGUCUUUUAUAAAGCAAA